CUCAUAGAGGGUCCCAACUUCCUGGUCUGGAGAUGGAGCGAAAGACUGGUUUACAUAUAUAAACAGCUGCUCGGAGGCCAUCAGCUUCAGGAACUUCUUGAUGAAGUCACACAGGCCCUGGAUGGUUCGUGUGCGCUCCACGGCCCAUUUCUUCGUCUUCAUGAUGGGGGUGUCCCCCACAGCCUUCAGCAGGACGUCAAUUUUCUUUUUGGCGUCCCCAGCCGGCUCCUCGCUGCCCGGCGAUCCAGCAGGGGAGGCGGCCGGCUCUCCAGCUCCCAGCACCGCUCCGCUCUCUGAGCUCCUUUCCGAGCUCUCCUCCCCGGCCCCGCUCCGUCCCUCGCUCUGCGGCGAGACCGGCCCCUGCUCGGCCGCUUCCUCCUCCAUGCCGCCUCCUCCCCAUCAGCGGAAACGACGUGACGCUCUCAGCGUUGUUCCGACCCUGGUAGGACGCCGCCUCCCGUCACUUGACACAGCUCCGGGCUGCGGCUCCACCAUGAUUAAAGCCAUCCUCAUCUUCAACAACCACGGCAAGCCGCGGCUCUCCAAGUUCUACCAGCGCUAUAGUGAAGAUACACAACAACAGAUUAUCAGAGAAACCUUCCACUUAGUAUCCAAACGUGAUGAAAACGUCUGUAAUUUUCUAGAAGGAGGCUUAUUAAUAGGUGGAUCUGAUAACAAACUAAUUUACCGACACUAUGCCACCUUGUAUUUUGUGUUUUGCGUGGAUUCUUCAGAAAGUGAGCUUGGCAUUUUAGACCUGAUACAAGUAUUCGUGGAAACACUAGACAAAUGUUUCGAAAAUGUCUGUGAGCUGGAUUUAAUUUUCCAUGUAGACAAGGUCCAUAAUAUAUUGGCUGAAAUGGUGAUGGGUGGAAUGGUUCUGGAGACCAACAUGAAUGAAAUUGUCACUCAGAUUGAUGCUCAGAAUAAACUGGAAAAAUCUGAGACCUUUAUCUUUCAGUCUCCCAGACAGGACAGGUAGACAAAGGCUGGUUUAGCAGGAGCUCCAGCCCGGGCUGUUUCAGCUGUAAAGAAUAUGAAUCUGCCAGAGAUCCCAAGAAAUAUUAAUAUUGGUGACAUCAGUAUAAAAGUGCCAAACCUGCCCACUUUUAAAUAACAUGGCUACUCCAGGUAAAACCAAGGGAAGAUGUAAUAGAGGUUUACCACAUUCUUGUUUACUAAAUAAAUGAUAUGUCUGACUUUUAGUAUUUGAGUAAAACUCAAGGUACUGUAUAAACGUUAUUUGAAGAAUCAGCGUGUGGGGUUCAACAUUGCUUUUGUCUUGUUUGUGAAAUUAAAAGAAAUGGGUAGUUCCUGUGUGAUUCCUGAAUUACAUUCCUAUGCCCUUGCAAGGCAUAUCACUGUGUUUCGGCUGCGGCAGUAUUUUGGGAAAGUAUAACCUAUAAUGCUGAGUUUUUUGUAUGUUCACUAAGGUCUAUAAUUAGUGCGUUGUUUAGCUACUUCUGUUGUUUGUCAUGAUUAUUUAAGUGCAAGUAUUGCAUGAAAGCAUAAAACUCUUGUUUAAAUAAAAUCAUAGCAAACUGGACCUCUAAAAAUACGUGCUUGUCUAAAAUCUACUCUUUGCAAUAAAUCACUUUUAUUUCCUAUUCUUUGAGCCAGUUCACUGUACAUAAACGCUGUUGUAGCAAACAUUAAUGCCAUAUUUCAGUCUUUGAAGGAUUACAGUGGAGUAUCAUAUUGAGUGCAUUGGCUCUUCAUGUUUCCAAGAAAAUCUGUUCAUUAUCAUUCUGAAGGAAAUACUGCCUUUACUGAAGGUUUUCUGACUUCUGUUUACAUAUGAGUGUUGAGAAUGUACUUACACAACCUGAUAGAGUUCACCUGACUUUAUUCUCAGAGGGGACCCAGGUGGAUGUCUGCAGUUGGUUGUGUGUGUUGUGGGAAGUAUGGAAUGGGUUGAGAUCAGUGGGCUGCUCAGAACUGAAAAUGCCUGAUGAUAUCUGCAGUUCUUAACAUCAAUAAUCGAGUUAUUUACUAUUGUUAUGACCUUGGCAAAUCUUAAGUACUACCACUUUGGUGUAAGAUGCUCAGCUCUUAAACUCUUCUGUGAAUUAAAAAGGUAAAUAAAGGUAGUGAUUGAUUUUUAUAGUCAUGCUCUUUAGCUCUGUGUGAUGUACAGAAAUGCUCAAAUGAAUAAUAAAAAUAUCAUUGGGAUAUUUAAGAGUUCCUGUAAAGUUUAUUCUCCAAAAACACGUAUGCAAUUGUAAGCUUAUCUCAAAAUACAAUAUUAUUGCAUUAAGUACAGCAUAUUUCAGGACUGGUCUCCUAAGCCCUGAAUUACUUCAGAAUUGUGGAUAUUAUGUAAGUGAAGCAUUUCUUUGAGUUGGAUGUCAGACAUAUCCUGUAGGAUAAUUUUGCAAUAAAAUCACGUUCUCAGCUUGA